CAGAUUUCCACAACCACCCCCACCCCACCUCAAUUCUUCCCAAUGCCUUCUCACGACCCUCCUAAGCGCUCCCUCAACGCCCUCAUCGCCAUUACUGAUCCUUCAUGCCUCAAGUUCGGCUCCUCAAUCGUCGCCCGUCUCCACCGCCUCGACCAUGUUAACCCCCAAAUCAUUGCAUGUUACGAUCUCGAGACCGCAAUAAACGUCCCCUUUUCCCUCGAGGCACUUUGGUGCCGCUACUCCCCAAAACAUGAAGGAGAUGCUGAGUGUCGGCCGGAACAUAGGGCUGCAAAGGCGGCAGAGUACUGCGCGUGGGCCGAUUUGCUGGUCCUCGCUCCCUUGUCCGCCGAGUCCAUUGCUCGAAUGCUCGGGGGCUUUACAACAAACCUACACCUUGAAAUUCUGAGGAGUUGGGAUAUUUCGAAGAAGAUUUUGCUCAUUCCAUCCAUGUCCUCGGCAAUGUGGGAAAACCCCAUGUCAAAGAAGCAGAUAUCCAAAAUUCGAAGAAAGUGGAACUGGAUCCGCGUGCUUCCACCAUUCCUGUGGUCAUUUGGCACAAGCGGCAGGAAAAACCUACCCUGGGAAGGUGCGAAAGCAUUCCAUGAAUCUAUCCAGACUCAGAUUGAUCUCAUGGCUGUGGGCGACCGAACCAUCACCUUACCAGUUGCUCAUAUGCCCGCCCUAAAGUCGACUAAGAGCAAGGGUCCGCGGCUACCACCAGAGCUUUGGUCUAUCGUAUUGGAGUUUACCGAGGAUUGGGAACUGGCGACUACAUUAAAUGUGCACACAAACAUCCCCGUCCCUCGGGAGUGGCGUCAGGCAGCGAGCGAGGAGGGCCCCAAAACCCCCAUGCAGAAGCUAGAAUGGACUUUGUUGACAGAACCUUACCACGAAAUCAAGACCAUUCUAGAUGCCGACAAGCCUACGCGCAUAUCUCGCCUUUGCAUUGAACUCAUCAUGCGCUUCGCCAUGGUUCCAAUCCUUGCGCACCUUGAAACUGUCCACAAAGAUCUCUUCUGGGGCACCUUUGGCCAUGCCUUCCUUCCACACAAAGCAUCCGUGUUCGGCAAGACAGAAAUCCUGGAGUACUGGCGAACCUCCCCCAUGUUUCUCGCCAAAGAGUACUCCGCGGAAGCCAUAGACAAUGCAAGUCGCUCUGGCUCUGUGCAAGCCCUCGACUGGUGGUAUGACUCCGGGCUUCCACUUAAAUACACCGAGGCUGCGCUGGAGCAAGCAAGUUCGCAAGGACAUAUCCAGGUUCUGGAAUGGUGGAAAGAACACAGCAGUUAUCGAAGCGAACCAACAUCGCCACAAUCAUCAGAAGAUGGCCAGCAAGAAGAACCUAAAGCCCAGCGCGAGCCACUCAAACUCAAAGUUGGCAAAUCAAUUACGUACGCCACGCAGUCUGGCUCCCUCUCCUCCAUCCGCUUCUGGGUUGAGUCUGGCAUCCCAUUUUCCCACGAAGACACCAUUGCCAAACUAGCUUCUGCGCACGGACAUACGCACAUCCUCGACUACUGGCGCAAUUUGCGGGGGGAGAAGAUGCUGUUUGACAAUCAAGUCCUGGUUGGUGCUACAAAAAUGGGCCGCGCCGACGUUCUAGAGUGGUGGAAGCGCAGCGGCUUGAGGGUUGAGUACAAGACUUGUGAUAUCGAGGAGGCUUUGGAAGACGGGGUCGAGGGUGACAUGGGAGAGGAUGUUAGGAAGUGGUGGGCUCUGAAUGGGUUGAAUCUUGGAGUGGGCACGAGCGAGUGGAUGAGGGUUAAGGUCUUGGGAUCGUAGCGAAGGUAAAUUAUUUGAACAAGGAUGCAGGACAUUUGAAUUGCAUUUCUACCUGGAUCAGAAGUCAUGAGUAUUAAAUUAGGUUGCAUAGCUAGGCGUUGUGCAGGUUGUAACUAGGUCUAUUCUCCCCGGGCGGUGAACGUCGUCAAACUGCAUUCUAGGUGUUAUGUGAUACUUCGGGGCUGUAUAAAUUAG